AUGCGGAGAAUGAAGAACUCCUUUAAAUAUUUGAAGACAGAUGAUGGGACUUUGAUCUCUGAUAAAGCACAUCUUGAGGAAUACGUCACGGGAUAUUAUGGGCUUUUUCACAAAGGUAUUCCCCUGACCGAUCACAUGGAUUUACUGCAAUGUAUUCCAAAAGUUUUGGAAGAAAGGGAUAGAGGUCGGUUAGAUGGUAUUCCCUCUGACACUGAGAUCAAGGGUGCGGUGUGGGAUCUUGAUCCAGAUAGUGCUCCUGGUCCAGCUGGGUUUCCUGAAGCAUUUUAUAAAUCAUGCUGGGAUAUCAUAUCUUCAGAUGUGUGUAGGGCUAUCAAAUGGUUUUUCAAAACUAGCUUUAUGCCUUACGGAAUUAACAAUAAUUUUCUGGUCUUAAUUCCAAAAACUGAAGAAGCAUUAUCUCUGGACAAAUUCAGGCCGCUGUGCAUGGGAAAUUUUUUCUACAAAAUAAUAUCAAAGGUUCUAACUAUGCGACUGACGCGUGUUCUUCCAAAAAUAAUUUUUGAGGAGCAAGGGGCCUUCCAAAAAGGGAAGAUCAUUCAUUCUAACAUAUCAUUGGCCUCUGAGCUGGCCAACAUGAUGUUCGCAUCCACAAGAGGAGGGGGCAUGGGUUUAAAAAUUGAUAUCCAGAAGGUGUUCGAAACGAUCUCUUGGAACUUUAUUUUCCAUAUCCUAAGGAGAUUUGGCUUCUUUGAAAAAUGGAUCUCUUGGAUCUAUCAGAUCCUAGCAUCAGCCAGAAUAUCAGUUCUGCUAAAUGGUGGCCCUGUUGGAUACUUAAGUGUGGAGAGAGGUCUGAGACAAGGGGAUCCGAUCUUGCCAAUGCUGUUUAUAAUUGCAAAAGAGGUUCUUUGUAGAGGCUUAUCUGAGCUCCUAGCCAACAAGAGCAUUAAGACUCUAUCAGGUCCUCGUGGUGCUAUUACCCUUACCCAUAUUUUAUUUGUCGAUGACGUAUUCAUCUUCUCAAAUGCAUCCAUCAGGCUUAUGCCUCUUUUGCCGCAUUUGGUCUCAGAUGAGCAGAGAGCAUUCCAGAAGGGUAAGAUCAUUUCUUCUAACAUUAGUCUGGCCUCGGAGCUGGCAAAUCUAAUGCAUUCUGCUGUGAGGGGUGGAGGCAUGGGAUUGAAAUUGGAUUUGCAGAAGGCAUACGACUCCUUGUUAUCUGUUUUAGUGAAUGGAGAACCAAUGAGGUUUUUCCCAGUGGGCAGAGGUCUGAGACAAGGAGAUCCUAUUUCUCCAUUCUUAUUUAUUUUGGCGGAGGAGGCAUUCUGCAGAAGUUUGAAGUUGCUAGUAAGGGAUGGAAAGUUGAAGUCUCUCCCGGACCUCGAGGGAGCAUUCCAGAAGGGGAAGAUCAUUUCUUUUAACAUUAGUCUGGCUUCGGAGCUGGCAAAUCUAAUGCAUUCAGCUGUGAGGGGUGGAGGCAUGGGAUUGAAAUUGGAUGUGCAGAAGCUUCUUUUAAGCUCUUCUAGGUUAUCUGUUUUAGUGAAUGGAGAUCCAAUGGGUUUUUCCCAGUGGGCAGAGAUUAAGCAUGAGGAGUCCUCUAUGAGUAAGUUCUUCCGGGGUCGCUUUCUAAAAGCAGAUGGAUCUCUGAAAUCUGGUCAUAUCUCCUCUUCGAUUUGCCCAGGGAUAAAGAAAGUCUGGAAUUUUGUGGCUUUAAAUGAGCAGUGGACAGUAGGUAAUGGGCACAAAAUUGAUUUCUGGAAGGACAGGUGGUUGGAUCAUCUCUCCAUUGAAGAAUUGCUUUUGAAUGAUGGUGGUCACAAAGGGAAUUUAAAGGCUAAAGUUUGCGACUUUAUCCACAAUUCAAGAUGGGACUUUCCUCAGGUAGCAUCUAACUACAUGAAAGACAUUACAAAUAAAGCAAAUUCGAUCUAUAUUUCAGGCAUGGAGGAUGAGUGUCACUGGCGCCCUUCUUCAGCAGGAGUUUUUUCCAUAAAGUCAGCCUGGGAAGCCUGUAGAAGGAGCUCGCCUAAGGCUAUUAUCACAGGAAUUGAAGCUGCAAACCAAUUUGGGGUGCAAAGUUUAUGGAUAGAAUGUGACUCAGUCAUAGUGGUUCAUCUUUUGCAGAAAAAAACAAUUCCUUGGAAAUUUCGGCAAAGGUGGAUUAACUGCUUACCCUACCUUGAAAGGGUGGAGUGGAAGAUAACGCAUUGCUUUCGUGAAGCAAAUUCUGUAGCGGAUAUCUUGUCAAAGUUUGCCGCCCACUUUGAAACCUCUCUGCUAGUGACAUCUUGGCAAGCCUUAGUGAAAAUGGACCUGGACAUGGAUGCCUUGGAUCAUUCGAGAUAUAGACUGCUAUAG